AGUAUGCUGUUUUUCAACGUAGGCCUAACGGAAGAUGUAGAACCAGAAUUAGGCCUACAUUUUGUUUUUACAAACGGUCAUAGGUAAUUCAUGUUAUUCUUUGUAAUUUGUUGGAAUUUUAUGUAACCAUCCGCUAUCCCCAGCACAGGGUUUAAAAAACAGUGGUACGGGGGGUGCGUUUAUUGGUGCGGCAUCAGUUCUGGGGGUUACAUUUUGUUGAGGACUCGCGCAUGGACCACCAGAUGUCACACAGCGGACACAAAGUAACAAGUCUAAAUUGAAUUAAGCAUCGAUCAUCUCGGAGUUCUCACUCGCAGAUUUUUGAUACAGUUUUAAAAAAUGUACAGAGGUCCGGACUUUAGUGACCUCAUAGUGGCUUGCCAUACAAAAGCACCUUCUCGGAGCUCGAUGUCCAUGGCCAAGUGUGUCCAACCCCGCGCAUCCGCCUCGCUGCUACAGCGUUGCUUAUGAUGGUCAGGUAGAAUUAUUUAAGAACGCGCUUUGAUUGGCUGCGAGUGAGAACAUUGAGACCUUUGGUUGCUCCAUGCUCCGUAAUCAAACUCAGAUUUGUUUAUUUUGAGUCUGAAAUGUGCCUCAUACAGAACAUUGUGGGGGAUACCUUAAACCUCGUGAACGGAAGGCUAUUAGUAAUCGACAUGAGCUACGUCCAUGAGGGCUACACACUAUCAACUCUAUGGUUGAUAUGGUAACCUAACCUUUGCACAAGGCUUCUCAUUGGCUGGAAGUAGAUGACCCCAGUUCAGAUGUUGGGCACUGCAGGGCAGCAUAAUGCAGUUUGGUUUAAAGUUUAACGUUUGGCCCGCAAUAGAGUUUAUCAGGAGAAGCGUGUUUAUCAGAAUGGCCGUCCGUCUAGCCUCAACGGACGGGUCAUCCUCUAUGUCGUGUUGUCCCAUAGAUCCCACGCAGCUCAUCAGGGGCUUAGUGACCACAUGACCGCGCCUCGCGCGUCAGUCGUUUCGUUCAGCGCAUUGUUUUGUUCCGUUCGCAAUUCGUGUCCCCCCAUAUGGGAAACGAUCCCCUCUAUAAUUGUGUUAUAAUUUUUCGUAGCUUUUUUUCCACUGUUUUUCCUGUGUUGUAUUUGAUAGGUUGUUUCUUGUUCAAUGAGUAAAUUCCGUUCAUAGUUAUAUUAUAACCCGUCAGCGACUUUGGCGCAGGACAUUAGCAGUAGCCUACACCUGCCGAGGAGCGACCCGGAGGAGGCGUGGAGGGAGAUUUAGACAUGGACUCCGUUAGUCCGUCGGACAGUGAAUUUGACGACGCGUUGGAGAUCAACCCGUUCGACGGAUUGCCCUACUCCUCGAGGUUUUACACGUUGCUCAAGGAGAGGACGGAUCUGCCGGUUUGGAAAGCUAAGAGUUACUUCAUGGACUGCUUAUCCAGCAACCAGUUUGUCAUAGUGAGUGGGUCUGCCAAGACCGGUAGAAGUUCUCAAAUACCCCAGUGGUGUACAGAGCUGAGCCUGGCGGAGCGUUACGAUCGCGGUAUGGUGGUGUGUACUGAGACUAGCGGCCAGCAGGCGGUGGACUUGGCCCUUAGAGUGGCCGACGAGAUGGACGUCAACAUUGGCCAUGAGGUGGGCUACAGCGUACCCCAGGAGACAUGCUGCUCUGGGGACACCGUGCUCAGGUUCUGUACAGACAGCAUGCUACUGAGGGAGAUGAAGGCGGACCCCCAGCUGAGGCGCUACGGUGUGGUGGUGGUGGACCAGGCCCACCAGAGGACCCUGGCCACCGACCUGCUCUUGGGCCUGCUCAGGGACGUGGGCAGGCGGAGGCCGGAGCUCCGGAUGGUGCUCCUCACCUCCAGCCACCCUGGACCCAGGCUGCUGGGCCACUACCACGCUGGCUCCGCCCCCAGCUCAGUGGUGGGGCCGCACAUCCAGCUGGAGAGCCCCGCUGGGGGGGAGGUGGUGUUCAGUGGAGGUGGUGAUUACUUCUGCUCCUCUGUGCGUCUGGUUCUGGAGAUCCACCACUCCAAAGAGGAGGGUGACGUGGUUGUGUUCCUGGUCACUGCACAGGAGCUGGAUCUGGCAUGUGACCUGCUCUGGCAGGAAGGCUCCAGUCUGCCUCCCGCACUGGGCCAGCUCUGCCCCACCCCGGUGCACCCUGGGCGGGCAGGGAGUUUACCCAGCCAGCCUGCCUCUGGAGGCCGACGGGUGUUCCUCACCUCCAGCCCCAACGAGGACUUCUUCUGGGCUGUGGGCUCCAUAAAGUUUGUCAUCGAUGCUGGGCUCGGGGAGAGAUACGUGUACAUCCCCCGGAUCAGGACGUACUCCGCCAUCGUUCAGCCAAUCAGCAGGGGGGAAGCAGUCAGUCGCAGACAACUCACUGGCCCAACAGGCAAGUGCUUCUGUCUAUACCCCGAGGACCGGCUAUUGCCCGACGAGACACACCCACAUAUCCUGGAGUGUGACAUCACUUCCUCCGUGCUGUUCCUCAAGAGGAUGGAGCUCAGUGGCGUGGGCCCAUGUGACUUCAUCGACCGACCAGAGCCGGAGGGCCUGAUGCAGGCUCUGGAGGAGCUGGACUACCUGGCGGCGCUGGACGAUGACGGAAACCUGUCUGAGAUGGGCAUCAUCAUGUCUGAGUUCCCGCUGGACCCCCAGAUGGCCAAGACCCUCCUUGCCUCCUGCGAGUUCGACUGCGUGGACGAGGUGGUCACCAUCGCUGCCAUGCUCACAGCACCCAGCUGUUUCCGGGCUCCCUCGGUGGGCCUGAGAGCAGAUCCGUCCUGCCGGGGCCUCAUGAAGUUCCAGCACCCGGCGGGAGACCACUUCACCCUCAUCAACGUCUUCAAAGCCUUCCAGCAGAGCCGGCAGGACCCCUACUGCAGGGUAGAGGAGUGGUGUGAGGCCAACCACCUGAGCCUCUCUGCCCUGCGUAGCGCCGACCGCCUCCGGGACGAGCUCAUCCACAUCCUGAGGAGGACGGAGCUUCCCAUCUCCACGGCAACGUUCGGAUGUCGCAGCAACACCCUGAACAUCAAGAGAGCCCUGCUGGCCGGCUUCUUCAUGCAGGUGGCCCAGGAGACGGACGGCUCGGGGAACUACUUGAUCCUGACCAAUAAACACGUGGCCCAGAUACACCCCCUGUCGGGAUACGGAGCCCGGACCCCCAAGCUGGGGCUGCCGCAGUGGGUCCUGUUCCACCACUUCUCCUUCUGGGAGGACAACUGUCUGAGGACCGUCACACGCAUCGCUCCCGAAGAGUUUAUUGAGAUGGCGCCACAGUACUUCUUCUACAACCUUCCACUAAGUGGGAGCAAGGAGUUUCUCCAAGACCUUCUGAACCACGGUUCUCCUCAUUCUCCAGGGAGGGAAACUGCUCCGUUGGAAGAGGAGCAGCAAGCGGACACGCGCUGUGUCGUCCAGUGACUUGUAUCCCCCGCAUAUCCGGAGCACACUUGAGGAACAUCCGAGGUCUGCCUCAACACAAUCAACUUUUAAAUCAGGGCUCAAAACGUUUCUACUUGCCACAGCUUUUAUGUAAAUGUAGGUCCGACCUGGUUAACUUUUUACCAUUUACAUUUAUUUUAAUAUUUUCUUCUAAAUGAUAAUGUAUUUUAUUGAUUGUCCUUUUUAACUUUAGUAUACAUGGGAUCCCUGCCUAUGUAAUUAAGCACUGACCAAUGUGUUUAAAGGGUGCUUUAGAAAUAUACUUGGCUACAUUACUGCUGAUUUUACAUCAGAGCAAUAAGGUUAUCCCUUAGCUCUGCUGCACCACUCUAUGUAUUUCAAAUAAAUCAGUGUCAUUGCAUUACAUUGUUAAAAUUUUAGCAAUGAGCAACUUAAUCACAUUCAUGUCAUAAAAUUCUCAGUUAUUUUGUUUUAUCUUAUAUUUUUAAGAGAGGGAUCCUUUAUUCAGCAUUUGCACUUUACAAUAAAAACCUAAUUGAUCCUAAUUGAGCUAAAUUCUGUUUCGUCAUACUAUUUUUUUCAGAUGCCCUCUUAACAACUUAACCCUC